AUGGAGAGCCACAUAUAUAUCCUAGAGGCGUUUAGUUUUACAGAGAUGAUAGAGGUCCCAUCAGUUAGCCAAAGUGGAGGGUUUGUACUUCUGUGGAACAAUGAAGUGGUGACAGUCAACAACUUCACUAGAAAUGGGCAAGCCAUCCAUGCAAUGAUCGAGCCGCCACCAAAAGGUUGGUUUAAGGCUAAUAUCGAUGGUGCAUUCAAAAGAAGCUUACUGGAGGGGGGCAUCGGUGGAGUAGUUCGUGACUACAAAGGGAAAUGGAAGACAGGCUACUACAAGAAAAUUCAAGCAAUAUCACCAAUAAAAAUAGAACUCCAAGAUUUUCGGCAUGCACUUCAAUUAAUUAUCAGGGAACACAUACUCCCAGUUGAAGUAGAAACUGAUGCCAUUGAGGUUAUACGUCUCCUUAGUGAUGAUUACCCUACUUACAAUAACUUACUUCAUGAAUGCAGGUGGUUAAUGGACGAGGCAUCCAGGCAGGGGACAAUCACAUUGAAGCAUAGCUUCCGUGAAAGGAAUAUGGUGGCUCAUGUUUUGGCAAAAGCAGCACUAAUGCAACGUAGCUACAAUAAAUUAUGUACUUUUGUUUUGCCACCUGAACUUGUCUUAUAUGUAUAUGACAAAGAUCAGGUUGGGUAUGUAUAUGUUAGACACUGUUCUAGAGACCAAUGUGGUCGUAUGGCUGCUUUAGGAAAUGAUAGUGCCUUACAAGGCGUAAUAUUAGGUUAUGACGGCAUAUGUACUAAUGACAAUGUUCACGGGCAGUAG